AUGUUUGGCUCAUUGGGGAGAGCCUUUGACAGCGUGAUGAAGGAUAUGCGUGGUGGCUAUAGCAAAGCCAAAGAGGAGCAGUCGAAGUUGGCGAAAGACUUGCAGUAUGGUGUUGACGCACUUCGAGCUGGGGUGGAAGAGUUCAAGGAUGACGUGGCCAGCAAGGCCCGCGAAGGCGUCAUGACCUUGGCUGAGUCCCCAGCCAGGGUGCAGAAACUUCUCACCAAUCAGAUGGAUGAAGCCCUUGCCAGGCAUGACAACCAUAUGGUGAAUCAACUCCUGGACAAUGCCAUUGCAAACCACCUGGUUGGAGCACAGGCGCCAUCCAUCAUUCGAAGCGCCGCGCAGCAACAGGCGCGCCGGCAGCUUCGGGAAGCCAUCGACUGCGCCGACCCCAAACGGAUCAAAGGCGCGCUGGUGGCGGCGAAACGUCUCAAUGCCACAGAACUGCCAGAGUUUGAAGAAGCUGUCAGCAAGUACAAGGAUCUCAGAAAAUUGCCAGUGGGAUGGGAUGUCAGUUUGAUGGUGCUGCGACGGGAGGGUGGCCGCAUGGUGGCGAAGUUGGAGCUGGAAGAUCCCAACGUCCGCGGCCGAUUCCAACGCUUGUUGGACCUGACCCAUCGGAAGGUUUACACCCGAGAUCGGAAUGGCGAAGCUGUGCCAGAGAGGCUGCAGCUACUGACCGUUUCGGCGGUGACCAACGACGAGUCCUGGGCACAGUACGUGGCACGCCGAGAGGCCGUUCGCAGAGAGAUUGACGCUGAUAUCACAGACUUUCACCGCUACGAUGUGGACACCCUUGCCAGAGGUGACCCACUUGAGGAUGGUGGAGAAAGUGCCGAGAGCAUCGCGCUGGCCCUGGCGGAAGACUUUGCCUCUCCUUUGAUGGCCGAAGUCAAUGAAGUCUUCCUGUUCCAUGGAACCAGUGCAGCAGCGGCAGAAAAGAUCAAGACGCAUGAUUUUCGGGUAAAUCUGGCUGGUUCCAAUGCUGGCACCUUGUACGGACGGGGCAUUUACUUCUCCGAGAACAGCACGAAGAGUGACGAGUACGCAUCACCGCUGUCAAACGGUGUUCGGCACUUGCUGCUGUGUCGGGUGACUUUGGGCCGUGUGUUCUACAGUGACGUGAAGGACACAGAUCCACGUGCUUGUGAAGACGCCUGCCUCAAGGGCAAAUUCCACUCCAUCCUGGGAGAUCGGAAGAAAUGCCGAGGCACCUUUCGCGAGUUCGUGGUCUUUGACGAGGAGCAGGUCUAUACCAACUACAUCUUGACAUACCGCCGUGAGUGA